AUGUAUGAAUUACUUCACAACGUACUUGACUGUGGAGAAUUCAAAAGUUUUGGGGAUAGUAUAAUCGAAGAGCUAGAUGCGAUUGACUACUGGAAGGAUUUCCCCGAUGGACACAAAGAGAACGCAGUUGUGGAGUUUAUUGAUAUUGUAGACGCGCCACAACAAGAAUAUAUUGCUAAUAGAGGGGAUUGUGGAGUAUUCGUAAGCAUGUAUAUGGAAAUGAUUGCUCGGGGGUCGGGGUUACCGGUGAAGAGUGAUAAGCCAUGUAGAGAUGCGGGAUUUCUCUACAGAAAAGAUGAUGACAAAUAUUAUUUGGGAUACUAA